CAGACUGACUAAUGGUUUACAAUGAAAUUAAAGCAUUCAAAGCGGCACUCUACUGGUUGUCCACAUGAAGGUGGGUAUACAGUUAACAAGGAGCACUCAUUAUGCAGGCUGUGAAAACCUGCAUAAUGACUUCUGCUGCUCAGAACCAGCUUUGUCAAGUUCUGACCCUGAUGAUAUGAUGGUUGAACUUGAGACUUCAACUUAGAGUGUGUUACAAAGUGUGGACGUGGAGGGCGGACUGUUAAACUGGGUAGAAUUAUUAUGAGGUACGAGCUUGGCUCAAGCUUAGGACUAAAAGUCAGGAUCUCUCUGUCUGUGUUGCUUUUUAUUUUAUUUUUUUAAUGCGUCAUCUUUAAGAGCAAUAUGAAAUUGCUGGAAUAUUCCUUUAAGGAAUACAGAUGCUUUAGGACAAACAAAGAAGAAACAGAGAAAUAUCAUGAAUCAGAAACCUUCAAAAACAUUACAAAUCACAUACUAGUAUGUAUCUGACCAUAAAAUACUAAACACGGCCACAUUUGUUUGUUAGAUCACUUUUUAAAGGUUUUAACUCUUGUUGAUAAUGUUUCAUACAGUUCUGUUAAAUAAGAUGACACAAUCGAUAACCAAAUUACAUUUCAAGUUUAGACUUUGUUAUUUGUUACUUGCGCCAGUAAAGGACAGAGUAGAGGACACAUUUUGUCGAUGUUGUUGAUGAUGGAUUGAGUGUUUCUCUGUCAGGUAAAUAUUAGUUGUACUAAUAUUUUACAAAAAACCUUUAUUGUAUUCAUUCAUUAUUUUUAAUUAGAUUUUAUUGUCAGCCCACACUGCCAAAAAAAUAGACACUAAAGUCUUUGAUUAUCUAUGUGAAUAUAUCUGUGUCUGUGUGGCAUAUAUAACCUGUUUUUGUCCAGAAAGCAGAGGGAACAUAUAGCAGUCACUGCUGAAUGCUUCUUUGUGCUUCCUCUCAGGUUGGAGAGCAGUGUGAUGCACAGAUAUACUUAUCCAAGUACAUUUACUGUGGCACUUGAGUGCACCAGCAAUGGCACACAUUUUGCUGCUGAGAAAAUAACUACCAUUCUAGAGCCCAUCACCGACAUUGGUGUAAUCAGGUGCUAUGCUGAAAAGAUGUUUUUCCAUGCAGCCAACUGUAAAGCCCUGUAUGGACGGGCAUUUCAAAUUCAAAUAGAAGUAACAUCAGGUUCAAAUGUGACCUAUAGAAUCCAGAGUGAUGAAAUGGUCUUGUCCAGUUUAUCUGUGGUCAGAGGAAAUGUUCCCCACAACAUCACAGUGACCCAAGCGAUGGUGAAGCAGCUCGGGCCUGGCUGCCACCAGCUGACUCUUUAUGCAUCUAACGUGGUCACAUUCCCUGAAGUGUCCACAAACCUGCAGGUGUGUGUUUUGGAGAAAAUAGCUGGACUUCAGGCAUCUGUGCUGACAGAGAGGAACGACUGUCAGGACUCUCCAGAUAUUACUGUGGGUGUUUCCAUUGAACGGGGAGCGCCUGUGCUCCUCCUCUUCUCUCUGACAGGAGACAACAACUCAUUCUAUGAGACCAGAGAAAUGAAUGCAAGGAGGGGAAUUUUUAAUAUUGGAUGCCCAAAUCAAGGAACUGUACUAGUAAAACUCAGAGCGAAGAAUGUCUUCUCCGCUCUGGAAGUUGAUGUUGAUAUGUUUGCUUCCUGUGGCAAGGACUCAGUCAUUAAACCAAAUGGUCAUAAUGAUUGGUUGAGCUUUAACAAGAGACUGAGAAAGAAACAUAUCAGAGUUGUCAGAUCUAUAACAAGCAUCAUUGCAAAACCUUCAAAAUCAGUCUCCACCAGAAAUGAAGAAAUCACACUUGUUGCAGUAGCUGUGGGCGAGCAACAGGAGUGGUCAUGCAACCAUCCCUGUAAAUGUCAAGGAAAGUUCGAGAUGCUGAUUUACACCAUUAAAGGAGAAUGCCUACCAGAUCCAUUUCAUUAUGAUAAGUAUAAUUUCAGUGUGACAGAAAAAAGUGAUGUUAGUGAUGAAGAUGGAAAGAAAACAACUAAAUCCAUAUGCAUCACCCUUACCCCUAGGCUUGACACAAACUGGCUAAGGUACUUGAUCUUUUUAAAAAUCAUCUUCUCUGAUCAUUUAGAGCAUUGAAAUAGACAUUCUCAUUCAUGUUCUUGAUUCCUUAUCUGACUGAGUGUUUUCUUACAUUAGAGGUCUGUCAAAGCAGUGAAGCAGUAGGAUUAACACUUAUGACACUACUACUGAAGAAAUUAAACAACUUUAUUAAUGAGUUCACUUAUUGAGUGCUGCUCUUUUUUUAACACAAGUUUCAGAUUUGUUUUUUUUCAUUGAAUGUAACCUAAAGUAA